CUGUUCCCAACAUGGCAAUGGUAGGUCUUGAGCCAUUGGGUGUACAGCUAGUAGCUGAAAGUCCUGUUAGUCUUCAGUCUGGCCCAGUGGAACAGGAAGCUCACAAAUGUGAUGACUAUAUUGCGGUCGUGGCUUCAACAGCCCAGGAAGUGUUGCCACCAGAACCUGUAACCACUUCUGCAUUUGAGCUCCCUGUUGCUGCCACUGUGCCCCCUAAGGGUAUUGAUGCAGCUGAGAAGGCGGAGCAGUUGAUUCACAACGAUGAAGAUGAGAAGGCAGAGCAAUUGAUUCACAAUGAUGCAGCUGAGAAGGCAGAGCAAUUGAUUCACAACGAUGCAGCUGAGAAGGCAGAGCAAUUGAUUCACAACGAUGCAGCUGAGAAGGCAGAGCAAUUGAUUCACAACGAUGAAGAUGAGAAGGCGGAGCAAUUGAUUCACAAUGAUGAAGAUGAAGAGGAGGAAAAGGAGGGUAGUCAGCAGGUGUCUGUGUCUGACAUGAGUGGUACGCAGCCUACAGAGGAGUCCAGGCCCGGCUCGGCCGGUCUGACUGGAUCAGUGUGGCGAGCAGGGGGCGUGGCUUCAGAACUCGACUCUGAGGAUGUUAGCUGUAGCCAGCAAGGAGGCUCCGAGCUUAGUGCUCCUGGUGUCCUUGAGGGCACUGAGAGUAUAGAUGAUUUAGGUGAUGCCAGCCUGAAAGGUGCUGAUGGUGAAGGUGCAUCUGCUGGAUCUCCAGAUUUUGAGAGGGUCCCUGACAUUCCUGCCAAUGAAGAUGAUGAUGAUGAAGAUGACGACUAUGAUCGUGUCUAUGAUAUGGAAGUGGGUUCUGAAAGAGCAGAAGACCUACACAGGCAGUGCCAUGACAAUGAGGAUGAGGAUGAAGAUGUGGAGAUGGCCAGUGAAGGCAUUACUGAGAGUGGGCUUGAAAGUUAUGGAAAUGCAGACGAAGAUGACUUUGCAGAAGACUACAGAUUGGACAACCUGAACCGUAUGCAAGCGCCACCCAUUGUUCCUUUGGCUCCUCCUGCAGCCCAGUGGGGCCAAGCAAAUCUUUUUGCUGAUCCCUGGGUCCAGCCACUUCAACCAGACCCAGCUCCCCUCUCUAGUCCUCCAUCUAACCCCUGGCAACAAGAUUCAGAAACCCCAACCCAAGCCCCUGCCCAGGCUUGGCUGGAGGUGGGAAAUGCUGAAGGAGGCCCAUCCUCACCUCAUCCCCCAGCUUUUAUGGAUCCCACCCCAAGUUCAUCCCAGCAUGUCCCAGUGCAUGCAACAGAUUUGGAUGCCUGCCUCAAACCAGGCUUGGCACCCAGUCUCCAAAACGUGUCUCAUUCUAGCACAUUGAGUGGUCCAGAACUACUCGCACACAGUUGCAGUGAUACCAGCACCCCUGAGGAACUAAAAGAUUACAGUAUAAGCCCUGGAUUGGAGGACCAGCAACAGCAGUCUCUACCAGUCAACCCUGCUCCUGUCGCUCUGCCGGACAUCAUGCAAGAUUUGGGAAUUUGUCUUCAACAUGCUGAUGAAGAACUAAAGACUCUGCCUGCUGAUGAUGUGUUGGGUGGUCUAAGAACUGCACCAACAUCUGCUGCAUCAUCAUCAUCUUCAGCCACGAGAGAAGCUAGUGACACUGAAGGCGAGAUGCAGAUCAGUGAGCCUACUGCAGAACCUGUUGCCACUGGUCAUGAAUGCUUUAGCAGCACACAAGUUGCUCCGAGCUUUUCUGUGUUGCAGGAGCGUGAGGAGGCCUGUGUGGAGAUGGAAGGAGGUGGGGGUAGUGACACCCCUCAGUCUGCCACCUCAGCUGCUUCCUAUGGCUUUGACUGUACCUCCAAUUCCAAUGCCCAAUCUACAACUGAGAGCUGUGCUAAAAGCCCAGGAAUAUUCUCCCUGGAGAAUGAAGAGCAGCUUCCGGAUGAGGCCAAAGAUCCAUCACUUAUCAAGGAGCUAACCCUUACACCCACUGGUGCUCCUGGAGAUGUCGACCUGCUUAACAUUGGCCAGCAAGGGGAGCCUCAGCCCAAGCCUGAGCAUCAGUACAUGCUCUGUGGGAAGGCCAGUGAAGAAAUGCCGGAGUCAUGCUCACUAGGGCCCGACGUGCCCACUGAGGGAAGACUGACCGACACUUCCUCCUCGGAGAACCGAGAAGACGACUGGGAUCAUAGUUCUCAGCAUCCAUACUACUCCACUGUAUGUGAAAAGACUGAUAGCUCCUUGGCAGGAAGGAACCUCUGCUUCUUGCAAGAAAUGCCCACAAUCGACCUGCAGCCCCGCCUCCGGCCACAUGUGGAUCACAUAACCCACUUGCCUCAUUUGCCUGUCAGCCUUAAUCCUCGAGCGCAGAGCACAGGCACCAAUGCUCAGCUCCGACGGCUAGAGCGUCACCAGCAGAAGCUCUGGGAGAUUGAACAGCGCCAUGAGCAACAGAGCCGACGGGCUGAGAGACGCGAGGAGGAGGAGCAGCACAAGGAGGUGCUUGUGGAGGAAGCGCAAGAGGGGGAGCUGAAGGAGAGUGAGUUGGAGAACCAGAGGAGGCAUCUGCUUCAGCUGCAGCUUCAACAGGAGCAGAAGGAGCUGGAGCAGAGGCAGCAGAUCAUGCAGUGGCAGCAAGAACUGGAACAACGAAAUAAGCACCAGAACAAGCAACAAAAGGCAAUGACUACAGUUCUUCUCUCCCCUUCUGGACUUUGCACCAUCUAUGAAGCAUUGGAGCCCAGCGAGGCAGAGGACGACUACCAAGGCAAUAGGAAAGUAGAGGAAAUGGUGAUAAAAGAGAAGGCAGAAAUGACAGAAUGUGAAAGAUCCAUUAAAGGCAUGAGUAGCGACAUGGAGACCCAUUCCAGUUCUCCAAAAAACAAUGCUUCGGGAGAUGAUUCACUGUGUGACUGGGCAGAAUCAAUCAAGGACCAGGCACAGCUAAACCCUCCUGCUGCGCUUGAACAGCCUCCUCUCACGCCCUCCCACCUACCCCAGUGGCCCUGUCCUCCAGAGCUUGACUGGAGCAAGAAGGUCGACAUCGUCCAGCAGCUGAUCAACCAGACACUGCUGCUGUCCGGAGAUGGCUGCCCACCGCUCCUGCUCACGUCAGCGGGGGGAACGCUCAGUCCUUUGGAGACCAGCCUGUGGCCUGACCUCUUGCCCCCAAUCACCCCAACCUCUGCCACAGUCACAUGCGUGAGCAGCUUUUCGCCUGAGGCUUCAGGUAGCUCCCCUCAAGGGGAGUGGACAGUAGUCGAGGUGGAGACUCAUCAUUAAGGCUAAAGACACUUAACUGAAGACGGGGGAUUGGUGGUGGGGUAGUGUUUCCAGUGAUCUGGAUUUUCAGGUACGGGUUUUUGUUUUUGUUUGUUUGUUUGUUUGUUUGUUUUUCCCCCAUGGUUCAGGAUUUUGGGGAUGAGAGAGACCAAAAAUUUGGAUGAACUGGUUGAUCUUGAGUUUGGGAAUGAGAAACACGAAUGAGGAAUGUUAUGGUUUCUCUGAACCAUGCAUAUUUUUAACAUUACAUUUUUGUGCUGAUUUAGCAUCCAUAGCAUCCGUUUCGGUACUUUUGUGACAGGUGCCACGUAGAAAUUCUCUUCCUUUUUGGUUUACAUGCAAGAAGUUCUGAAUGUCAACUUGCCUGUCUUAGUUACAUCAUCAACAAAUGGUUUUAGCUAAAAUCCCGUUUGGCUUGUGUAACGUGACAUAAUCUGUGGUCUCGCACAUGGUGUCUGUAAUUGACGGCGUCUUCUCUCCUCCCAUGUUACUGACAGCCAUCCAUUUUUUUACACUUUGUCUAGAAUACACAGCACAUUGGGCUGAGUCAUCUUGUACACUACACGUCCCACCUCUGACGGAUGGCUUUGCUGUAUCACACCAGCCCUUGGAGCCAAAAGGCCAUUUACUUAAUCAGGUUUACUGUGAAGACUGUGCUCUCACAAGGCUCAUUCAUGUUCAUCUACAGUUGUUUAGCUGAGCAACUUGAUGAGCAAAUAGUUCUGUCUGGUUUUAUGCCAGACCUCAUGGAGAUUGAUUGAUUACAUCCUGCUUUGUCUUUGAGUAGUGUACUUGACUGUCUGAAAGACUGACCGUCAUCCUCAUUUUUUUCUGUAAUUGAAAGGAACAAUGUCCAUUUCCGAGGAAAUAAGGAGAGAAGGCCUCUGGUCUUAAAGUGGGUCAUUGUACUGGAUAUACUAGAAUCUUCCAUUUUCCAAAGUCUUUGUGAAAGUUGGCAUCCAAGGUUAUGGUCGAAUCUUCGCGUUGCCUGUUGACAGUUUUUUCAUCAUGUGUGUGAAAUUAACAGACUAAAGCACUGUAAACCAGUAAGGCUAAGGGGGGGGAGAGAAGAAUGGUCUGGUGUAGACCAGAGAUGUUAAACCGCCAACCUCGACUAUAAAACUGAUUUUGUAUUUACUAGUUGUUAAUUCAUGUUACUGAACAUGGAUAGUUGUUGAAGUCCAGGUAUAAUCUUCAAAUAAUUUGAAAAUUCAGGACUGGAUAUAGAUUUGCCAAACAGAACUGAAGCUCUGAUUAAUCCAGGAAAUAUAACUCCGAAUCUUCCAUGAUGAUGCUGCAGUACAGCUCUAGAAGUAUUUCCUCUAUUGAUGAGGCAAUGGAGUCAGAGUAUUUUAUAUUAAGUUAAAGGAUUAGCUUCAAGAAUUUCUUUUUUUAUUUUUUUUUUAUUUUUUAUUUUUCCCCCCUUGCUAUUGAGACCUUCAUAUUUCAGACCUUCAAGGUGCAGCAGUUCAUUGUAACUUGGGUGGCAUUGUUAAAGAAAUGGAAUGGGUUGUACUGUAGCAAAAAUGUGAGGAAGUAUUUGUAGCAUAUAAAUACAGGUUGUAGACGGAGUUUUCAGUUUGUUUUUAAAGCGUUCAUCAACAGCCUUCGUUUCACACCAGAUAAGAUAUAAAUAUACAUUAGCUGCACUGAACUUCACGCAGGAUGAGCAGAACUGUUGUGAACAUUGCAAAAAUGGUGCUCAGUUUCUAAAUAAAAUGGAUAUAAAACAAGCACAAAUACACAAAUAUAUUUUUAACCAAUUCGUACAAUUAAGAACUAGCUGUCUAGAUUCAGUGAUGUUAGUAGGGGCUGAACUGAAACACCACACAGGCAAAAUCCACAUCGGAUUUUCUGUGCCUCCCUAUUACCCCUGACGCCAGAAAUGCCAUUUUUGCUUUCAUGAAUGGUUUUUGCCAUCAUGUGUUGUCCUACACUGUAUCCGACAUGAAGUGUCAAAUUCAUUAUAUUAGAAACUUUGCCUGUAUGUCUUAUUGUAAUAUUUUGUAAUUGUACUAGCCCGUUUCCUGUGAAAUGUGUCCUUCUGUUUGUAUGUAGCUGGUGCCUCACCAUGACUUGCAGCAGUAUAAAUGAGAUUUUGGAUGUGUAAGUGAUUCUAUAGUUAAAACCCAAGUCCCUACUUUGAGUGUUUAUGCUGUAAUGCCAUUGUCCUUGUACUUGAGUUCCUUAAUGAUCACAUGGAUAUAGAUGGAUGCUAGAAAGAUUAAAUGGUCCACUGAGACUUAGAUUAUUUAAACUGAAGCGUAUACAUUCUAGGAUAUUCUAGGCAUUCUAGGAUAUUUAGACUUGUUUUUCUUUGAACUGUGGAUUUGAUUUGUUUCCUUUACAAUUUUAGUCAGUGUGUUACUACAAUCAGGGAAUUGAAUAGGAAUAGUCAGACCAGUACUACUGUUUUCCAGCUUUUGACACCUUUUGCCUUCAUAAUGUUGAGGCUUUUACAAUUUUCUGGACUUGUCCACAAUCAUGUUUAAUGAUGUACUAUAAAUAAUGUAGUUUAAAAUGUGGGACCAGAAUUACAAAACUGGAAUAAGAAAUUAAUACAUGCCCUUUUUAAAACCACAUAUCCACUCUGAUGUCAAAUGAAUUAUGCACAACAAACAUAAUUAUUAGUGUUGGGUACAUCUCCAACAUGUAUAUUUUUGUAAUUUAUUUUAAAAUGAAGGAAUGUUAUUUUUGUAUUUGUUUCCAAUUUGUAAAUGUGGACAUCAAAGCAUGGCAGCUCGUUUUACUCACCAAUGAAUGUUUUUCAUAUUUUAUAAGAGUAAUGACUGUUGGUCAGUACCAUUUGAAUGCUGAAAAAUAAAAGUGGAUUGUUUAAUGAA